AAUCAUCAAAAAGAACCGGUUCAUAAGAACGGCUCAUUCGCGAAUCGGACAUCACUGUUACAGUGAGUGGAGCAGUUUUAAGAGGCUGCUGUGGAUCUGCUGCUGAUAUGGAGACUCUUCCCAUCCACAGACACUGAUCGUGCAACUUUAGUGAGCUGACUGGACGGAUUACGCACUUUCAUGGCUGCUCUCCGGUCACAAUAACAACUCCAAACAUGUCCAAAAGCCUGAAGAAGAAAAGUCACUGGACUAACAGAGUACACGAGAUAGUGUUGUCCAGGGGUCCGAGUGGUGAUCUUGGGUUCAAGCUGCAGGGAGGCGCGGAGAAUGGACAGUUCCCCGUUAUUGGAGAGGUGAAACCGGACAGGGGCAAACUGCAGCAGGACGAUUUACUUCUGGAGGUGAAUGAUACUCCGGUGGCCGGACUGACCAUCAGGGAUGUGUGGGCUGUGGUCAAGCACUGCAAAGACCCUGUCCGGCUGAAGUGUGUCAAACAAGGAGGUGUUGUGGAUAAAGAUCUCAGGCAGUAUCUCAACCUGCGAUUCCAGAAGGGAUCUUUGGACCACGAGCUGCAACAAAUUAUUCGGGACAACCUCUAUCUUCGAACAGUACCCUGUACAACCAGGCAGCCUAGAGAAGGAGAGGUUCCCGGAGUAGACUACAACUUUGUGACCGUUGCGCGGUUUGUGGAAUUGGAGAAAAGUGGAGCUUUGUUGGAAAGUGGAACUUAUGAAGAUAACUUUUACGGCACCCCGAAGCCCCCGGCAGAGCCCAGCCCACUGCUGCUGAAUGUAGCUGAGCAACUGUUGCCAGGCGCCACACCCAGAUCACAGGGCAAACGCAGACGCAACAAGUCCGUCAGCAACAUGGAGAAGGCUGGCAUCGAGCCACCUGAGGAGGAAGAGGAGGAGAGGCCCGUCAUCAACGGCAACGGAGUGGCCAUCACCCCAGAGUCCAGUGAACAUGAAGACAAGAGUACAGACGCCUCAGGAGAGAUGCCCACCACAUGCCCCUCUGAGACUUCCACAGAUGCCCCUAAAGAAGAGACAGAACCACCAAAAUCGCCCCCCAAACUGGAUGAGAAUGACGAGCUGGGUCCACUGCCAGAUAACUGGGAGAUGGCUUACACUGAAAAAGGAGAAGUGUACUUCAUUGACCACAAUACGAAGACGACGUCCUGGUUGGACCCCCGGCUUGCGAAGAAAGCGAAGCCCCCUGAAGAAUGCAAAGAGAACGAGCUUCCUUAUGGCUGGGAGAAAAUCGAUGACCCUAUUUAUGGAACCUACUAUGUUGAUCACAUAAACCGAAGGACUCAGUUUGAGAACCCAGUUUUAGAGGCCAAGAGAAGACUGCAACAGCAGCAGCAGAUGCAGAGUCAGGGCUUGUCCUCUCUCCCCCUACCUACAGUCUACAGAGUGGAGGAGAGCCCCUCCUCUGCCACCCUACCAAGGGCCAGACUGGCAUAUGUGGGUCCCGCUCCCGAGCGCUCUCACAGUCUCACUGACCUCUCCGAGGCCCCCCUGUACCGGGCCGGUGUGUUUGGACUGCAUGAGAAGCCUCUGUUCACGCGGGACCCUACGCAGCUGAAGGGCAGCUUUCUGUCUACAGCCCUACAGAAAAGCAACAUGGGAUUUGGUUUCACUAUCAUUGGCGGUGACGAACCGGAUGAGUUUCUACAGGUCAAAAGCGUCAUACCGGACGGGCCUGCUGCACAGGAUGGGAAAAUGGCUACAGGAGACGUGAUUGUCUACAUUAAUGACGUCUGCGUCCUGGGCACCACCCACGCUGAUGUGGUGAAACUUUUCCAAUCUGUCCCAAUCGGACAAAGCGUGACCCUCGUCCUUUGCAGGGGUUACCCUCUUCCUUAUGACCCGGAGGAUGCAGCCAGCUCCUUGCUGUCCCCCCUCGGCCUCAUUGAUCGCCCUCUGCUGGUCAACGGACAGAAUAGCUACGACAGCUACAUGGAGUACAUCUCCCGCACCGCUCGCUUCAUUGACCCCCUCCAUACUACGUUGCCUCAUCCCCACCCUGGAGACACCCACCUGGACGCCGGACCGCUGGAGGACAGCGUCUCAAUGGCAUCGUCAGGAGCGGCCGGUGGAGAGCUGCUAACAGUUACCAUGGUGAAAGGUGCGGAUGGGUUUGGAUUCACCAUAGCAGACAGUAAUGGAGGACAGAGGGUGAAGCAGAUUCUGGAGGCGCAGGGAUGCCCGGGGCUCUGUGAGGGCGAUCUGAUUGUGGAAAUUAACCAGCAACCCGCAUUAACCCUGCCACACACGCAGGUGGUGGAGCUGCUAAAAGAGUGUCCUGUUGGGGCAGAGGCCACGUUGGUCGUACAGAGAGGAGGGGCAGGUCACUUUUCACCUUGGAAGACCUCUAAACAGGUCUUGGAACAUUGGGAUCCUCACAGCAGUCCCACAACCAGUCUUUCUAUCCAUGCUAUCCCUCACAGCACUCCAUAUCUGCACUGGCCCUCAGGUCCAGAGUUUGACUUGACCAAACCUGACCCCUAUGACCUGUAUGAGAAGUCCAGAGCUAUCUAUGAGAAUAGGCAGCCAGGGCUUCCUCGAGCAGCCAUCCCAGCUGACCUCUCCGCAUCAGAGUUCCAGGAGGUGGAGGUGCACCUGCGCAGACAGAAGUCCGGUUUCGGCUUCAGGAUCCUGGGCGGAGAGGAACCAGGACAGCCUGUGAGUCCGGAGGCUCAGGAGAAGAUCCUGAUUGGUGCAAUCAUCGAGAAGAGCCCAGCAGAUAAAGACGGGCGUCUCCGGCCAGGAGACGAGCUGAUGUCAGUGGAUGGGAUCCCUGUGGCCGGAAAACCCCACCGUUACGUCAUUGACCUCAUGCAUGGAGCGGCCCGGACUGGCCAGGUUAAACUCACUGUGCGGCGGAGAGUUCAGCCCACAGGUGAACCCUUUCCAGAGAACGGCCGCAGUCCUGGAUCUACCCAGCACAGUUCCCCCAGGAGUGACUUCAACUCCAGAAUGUUUUGUAACAACUCCGCCCCCACACAAAACUCUGCCCCAUCCACCACAGGCUCCUCCCCACCAGACACAGUAACCAAUCAGAAUCUGCAGCCUAGCGAUGUCACCAUUCAGCGCAAGGAGAGCGAAGGGUUUGGAUUCGUUAUUAUCAGUUCACUGAACCGGCCUGAAACCGCGGCUGCUGCUGCCGUGCCUCAUAAGAUUGGCCGCAUCAUUGAGGGAAGUCCAGCAGACCACUGUGGGAAGCUCAAGGUUGGAGAUCGCAUACUGGCCGUCAACCAUCAGUCUAUUGUCAACAUGCCGCACGCAGACAUCGUCAAACUGAUCAAGGACGCUGGACUCACUGUCACACUCAGGAUCAUCCCUCAGGAGGAGACGAACAGCACUCCUUCGGCAGGCAGCUCAGAGAAGCAGAGCCCUAUGGCCCAGCCCAGUCCAGUUUGCCAAGCCAGCACUGUGAACCAGACUGGUGCUGCCCCUCUACCCAACUCCAACCCUCACACCAACUCUGCACCUCAACCCAGUCCCAUAAUGCAGCCUAGUUCAGAAGCACAAGCAAGCCCUGUCAAUCAAACCAGCCCAGCCAAUCAUCCCAGCUCAGUGACCCAACAGAACCUGUCCACCCAGCCCUCCACAGUGCCAGUACAGAUCUACAGCCACGACAGCAGCUACAGGUCAGAGGUGAAAGCAAGACAGGAUGUAAAGCCCGAUAUUCGGCAGCCGUUCACUGAUUACCGCCAACCCCCGGUGGACUACAGACACCCUCCUGUGGCAGAUUACCGACAGCCGCCAACGCUGGAUUACAGACACCCCCCUCUGCUGGACUACAGACAGCUGUCCACUGACCCUCGCACCUUUCCCUUACCGGACUACAGGAUGCCACAGGAUUUUGAUUUCUUCACAGUUGAGUUGGAAAAGGGCAUGAAAGGUUUUGGCUUUAGUAUCCGUGGAGGUCGCGAGUAUAAGAUGGACCUGUUCGUUCUGCGAUUGGCUGAAGAUGGACCAGCCAUACGCAAUGGGAGGAUGAGGGUUGGUGAUCAGAUUAUUGAAAUAAAUGGGGAGACCACGAGGGAUAUGACCCACGCUCGGGCUAUUGAGCUCAUCAAAUCGGGUGGCCGUAGAGUUCGCCUGCUGCUCAAGAGAGGCACAGGGCAGGUCCCUGAGUAUGCAGAUAGUCCCGCCCCUUGGGAUGCUCACACUACAGCCUCCCCAAGUCUGUCGGAAGUAGCACCACCCCUCGACAGCUUAUCUAAUCCAUCAGCUUCUUCUCAUGUGAACCCACCCACUGACCCACCUCAUACAUUGUCCUUGGAAGCAGCAGGUCCAGACUGUUCCCAGGGUCCUAGAGGCCCAGAGAGUAGGGCUCUGGAGCAGGCCAGUGUGGGGAAGAGGUCAGCCAUUGCAGGUGGAGUUGGGGGUGGGACCAAGCAGAGGGAGAGUAACAGGACCAACCGUCGCUCUAGUGGAGGGAAGGUUCAGCAACUAUACCUUGAUGAACUUGCGGGAGAGCCCAAAUCCCACAAAAGCAGCCGGGCAAAGUCCAAAGAGCGCAGGAGGGAACGGAGCAACACGCCAUCUCGAAAGCGAGACUCGCCCAAAACUUCCCCAACUGACACCAAUAUGAAUGGGGGAAACAGAUGCCUAGAUGGUAGCAACAACCAACAAGGAGCUCUGGUGCCAUUCAAAGCCCUACCAAAGGAACCAGAGAAAAGGCAAAUGAGCCAAGAGAGUCAUCCCAGCCACAACUCCAAGACCAGCAGCAGUGCAUCAGGCAGGAAGGCCACAGUAUCCCCAGGGCCCUGGAAGAUCCCUGGUACGGACAAGCUACCCAGUACCCUACGCUCAGCCACCUCCACCAUCAGCAGAUAACAUCUCACCCCAAUCUCAGGCCCAAGUUUAGACCUUACUUUGGCUUUGAAUUCUUUCAGCCAACUCUUGGACCAGCACUGGGCCAUGAUCUGCCUUUUUUGGGACUAGUUGGGCUUGGGCUCUGCUUGAUUGCUUUUCACAGGCUUGCUCUACUUAGUAGAGAUCUGUUUUAAAAUUGACUAGGUACCACCCUCCCACAGUCCUCACUAAAGACCUUUCCAUGCAUUUCUAGACAGAGCAUUUUUUAUUUAUAUUUUAUUCUAAGUUAUUUUAACAGAUAUGACACCCACCACCUUAAGAACUGGAAGCAUUCACUCCAAAAAUUGAACCACGGUAGAAUGAGUGAUGCAUGUAGCGUGCUAAAAAAAACCCGGACUGGUUUGAACUGUUGGGGGAAAGCACUCAAGACUCAGAGAUGUACAUGCAUAGAAAACCACUUACUGACUCUAAACCACCACUGGUGGCUACAGCAAUUUUUAUACACUUUCAUAAAAAAUGAAGAAAACUGAAGGAGUUACCUGACAUACAGUUUUUGUGUAUUUGAAGAAUGAAUAUGAUUAAAAAGAUUCUAUAUGAGCGGACACUCGACUAUGGAACUCUGCCUUAAAGACUGACCUGCAGAUGUCUGUAUAGGGUUGGUAAAAUGAAUAUAGAAAUAGAUAUAUUAUAUGACUAUAUAUAUGUGAGACAUAUUGUAAAUAUGGUCUUUAUACACCAUUGUGACCCCAUACUGGAGUAUUGACAUCAUUCAUGGUGUAAAUUAGAAGAGUGUAAUCUAGAAUUCAUUCCCACUCCACUCUUAGGUGCGUUCCCACUGACAGCGAUUUAAACUCAAGUGGUUGCUACUAGGUGUUCCUACUCAACUCAAUAUUGAACUGUAAAAGGAAACUGAUCACAUGACCUACACUGUCUACACUGACAUUGGUAGUCGCCACCUCCAGUUCAAGAUCUCAACAGCAACAGUCGCUUGUGUCACUUAAAAUCGCCAACCCUCACUGAUGAUGAAUGACUUGCAGUUGCUGAAAAUUGCUAUCAGUGUGAGCACCCCUUGAGACCACUGAUUGCUCAGCUGCUCUGUUAA